AUGCUUCGUGCAGUUUCAAGCCUUCGCGUAAUCAACAGCUUUGCUGUACAGUCGCAUCGCGGUGUCAUCAGCGCAGCUCGCCAUGACUUACCACCAGAUAACCGUGAGGGCAAGGAAAUUUACACCACUGUUGGAAUCGACUAUGAUGAGCCGAAAUUCGACAAAAUCCUCAUUGCCAACAGAGGAGAAAUCGCUUGUCGUGUUAUCAAAACUGCACAAGCUAUGGGAAUCAAGACCGUUGCGGUUCACUCGGACGUCGACAGCAACUCACUUCACGUCAAAUUGGCCGAUGAAGCUGUUUGUGUUGGUGAGGCGCCAACUGCCAAGUCCUACCUUCGUGCGGACCGCAUCCUUCAAGCUGUCGAAGAAACUGGAGCUCAAGCUGUCCAUCCAGGUUAUGGAUUUCUUUCUGAGAACACCAAGUUUGCGGCUGAGCUCGAGAAGGCGGGAGCCAAGUUCAUCGGUCCAAACUCUAAGGCCAUUCUUGAUAUGGGAGACAAGAUUCACUCUAAGAAAAUUGCUACUGCUGCUAGAGUUAACAUGAUUCCUGGAUAUGAUGGUGAAAUCGCUGAUGAAGACAUGUGUGUCAAGGUUUCUCGCGAUAUUGGUUAUCCAGUUAUGAUCAAGGCUUCCGCUGGUGGUGGUGGAAAAGGAAUGCGUAUUGCCUGGAAUGACAAGGAGGCGAGAGAGGGAUACAGACUUUCUAAGCAAGAGGCUGCUUCUUCCUUCGGUGAUGACCGUAUGCUGGUUGAGAAGUUCAUCGACAAUCCAAGACACAUUGAGAUGCAGGUUCUCUGUGAUAAACACGGAAAUGCUAUUUGGUUGAACGAGAGAGAGUGCUCUAUCCAAAGAAGAAACCAAAAGGUUAUUGAAGAGGCGCCAAGUAGUUUCGUUACUCCGGAAAUGAGGAAGAAGAUGGGAGAUCAAGCUGUCCAACUUGCCAAAGCGGUCGGAUACGAUUCUGCCGGAACAGUUGAAUUCUUAGUCGAUUCGCAAAGAAACUUCUAUUUCUUGGAAAUGAACACCCGUCUUCAAGUCGAGCAUCCAAUCACGGAAUGCAUCACCGGAAUUGACAUUGUCCAGCAGAUGCUUCGCGUUUCAUAUGGACACAAGCUUCCGGUCACACAAGAUCAGGUUCCACUCAAUGGAUGGGCCUUCGAAUCUCGUGUCUACGCAGAGGAUCCAUAUAAGGGAUUUGGACUCCCAUCUGUUGGUCGCCUUUCAAGAUACGUUGAGCCGAAGCACGUCGAAGGAGUCCGCUGUGAUUCUGGAAUUCGUGAGGGUUCUGAAAUUUCUAUUUACUACGAUCCGCUUAUUUGCAAGCUUGUUACCCACGGAAAAGAUCGUAACGAGGCUCUUAACAGAAUGCAGGAAGCAUUAGAUAACUAUGUUAUUCGUGGUGUCACCCACAACAUUCCUCUUCUCCGUGAUAUCGUUCAAGAAAAAAGAUUCCGCGAUGGAAACAUUACUACCAAAUACCUUACAGAAGUUUACCCAGAAGGAUUCCAAGGAGCUACCCUUUCCGAAGCUGAGACCCACACCGUUCUUGGAUUUGCUGCCGCGUUUAACGCCCGCAAGCUUGCUCGCUCCAACACUUUCUUAAACCAGGAACGGCAGAAAUCCAACUCGCAAAACUCUUACCACAAAACCUACAAAUUUGUCGUUUCAUUGCCAGCUAAAGAAAACGAGAAGCCAGUCGAGCACAAGGUCGAAGUUUCCUUCAAGCACGGAGACCCGAAGAAAGUUCGUGUCAUCAUUGACGGAAAGAAGGUUAAGAUUGAGGGAGACACCAAUCUUGCUAAGCCAACCAACUCGUUGUCUGUCAACGGAGAACACGUUGUUACCCAAAUUGUUGGAAAACGAGCUGGAGAAAUCACUGUCUUGUACAAGGGAUCUCCAUUUAAGGUCAAGGUUCUUCCAGAGCAAGCCGUUCAGUACUUGAAGUACAUGAAGGAGAAACCAAAGGUUGACUUGUCUAGCGUUGUGCUUUCUCCAAUGCCAGGAGCCAUCAAAAACGUAAACGUGAAGGUUGGAGAUAUGGUCAGCGAAGGACAAGAAUUGGUCGUGAUGGAAGCCAUGAAGAUGCAGAACAGUCUUCAUGCUGGAAAGACAGGAAAAGUUAAAGCCGUCAAUGUGAAAGUCGGAGGAACCGUCGAUGAGGGAGAAGUUCUCGUUGAACUUGAAUAA